CUCAGUUACUUCCGAUUUGUCUGCGGUUGUUGUUUUUAAAAUGGCGCCGUUGGACUUGGAUAAGUAUGUUGAGAUUGCAAGACAGUGCAAAUAUUUACCAGAAAACGACCUAAAGAGAUUAUGUGACUACGUAUGUGAUUUGCUGCUCGAGGAAUCAAAUGUUCAACCAGUAUCCACUCCCGUCACUGUUUGUGGAGACAUUCAUGGCCAGUUUUAUGACCUAUGUGAACUCUUCAGAACUGGUGGACAAGUUCCAGACACAAACUACAUUUUUAUGGGAGACUUUGUGGACAGGGGAUACUACAGCUUGGAGACGUUCACGUACCUGCUAGCCUUAAAAGCCAAGUGGCCGGACCGCAUCACGCUUCUACGAGGAAAUCACGAAAGCAGGCAGAUCACACAGGUGUAUGGCUUUUACGAUGAGUGCCAAACGAAAUACGGAAAUGCAAACGCCUGGCGAUACUGCACUAAAGUGUUUGACAUGCUAACAGUAGCUGCUUUGAUAGACGAGCAGGUCCUUUGUGUGCAUGGUGGCCUUUCACCUGACAUCAAGACCCUGGACCAGAUCCGCACAAUCGAGCGCAACCAAGAGAUUCCCCACAAGGGAGCCUUCUGUGACCUGGUGUGGUCGGACCCAGAGGAUGUGGACACCUGGGCCAUCAGUCCGCGAGGUGCAGGCUGGCUCUUUGGCGCCAAGGUCACUAAUGAGUUUGUUCACAUCAACAAUCUGAAGCUGAUCUGCCGUGCACACCAGCUGGUCCACGAGGGCUACAAGUUCAUGUUUGAUGAGAAGCUGGUGACGGUGUGGUCCGCGCCUAACUACUGUUACCGCUGUGGAAACAUUGCCUCCAUCAUGGUUUUCAAGGACGUGAACACACGGGAGCCCAAGCUGUUCCGUGCCGUGCCCGACUCUGAGCGGGUCAUCCCUCCCCGAACAACAACACCUUACUUCCUCUAAUGAGGAGCCAUUUUGUUCAGUUCCAUAAUAACCCCCAGCCUCUUCCCCUUUUGCCCCUAUUCCUUUUGGUGUUUGCAGUCUUAAGGGAGGGGAUUGGUGUAACUAAGAAAUAUCACAAUGGCUUCACAAUGGUCUGGUCCAUGACCAUAGCUCUUGUCCCUUCAAUGUUUACAGAUCUGAGGGAAUGAGAUGGGUGUUUUCAAUAUGAUAGAAGCUCCCCUAUACCUCAUUAGAAAGCUAGGUGGAGCGGUCACUAGUUUGUUUACUUUACGCCUGUCUGAUCCUUUCAGAUCUACAAACACCAAAGUGAUGCUUCAAUCAGUCAAUUGAUUCACAUCAGCAGUUGUCGCAAAGUGCUUUAACCGAUAUCCAGCCUAAAACCCCAAAAAGCAAGCAAUGCAGAUCGUGAUGCACAGUGGCUAGGAAAAACUCUAGAAAGGCAGGAACCUAGGAAGAAACCUAGAGAGGAACCAGGCUCUGAGGGGUGGCCUCUCCUCUUCUGGCUGUACCAAGUGGAUAUUAUAAGAGUACAUGUCCAUUUUGGCCAGAUUGUUCUUCAAGAUGUUUAAACAGUCAUAGAUGACCAGCGCAGGGUCAAAAAAUAGUCAGUGGUUAUAGAAGGUGCAACAGGUCAGCACCUGGAGUACAUGUCAGUUGGCGGAUCAGCAGAUGCUUCUGGGCUGAAUCUUCUAAUGGGUUUAGGGUCAGUUAUCUAUAUAUUUUGUUAUACCUAUCUGGUUCCUUGUUAUCUGCAAAGAGGUUUAGGUUAACGGUUUUGGGACUGGGCUAUUGUCCCCACUGUUAACUACCCCCCCACCCCCAACUUCUCCCAAGGGGACUUGCAUCUCUCUGUUUGUCUCCAUUUUUGUCUUGAAAUAUACAUUCUCAGACCUUCCCCUUCCCUUGAAAGUAUUUGAUGUUGUCUAAUGUGUUUUUAUUUGCUUUUUAUUUUUUUUAUUUUUUUUACAGAUAACCUGCUUUAAUUUAUACUCCCUCAAAUUCCAUUCGAUGGUAGUAAAUGGGACAUGCAUUUCCAAUAAAAUUGAAUUGUAUGAAUACUCAAUGUUCUGCAGCUUUGUGCAUAUUUAAGUCAUUCAUCUGCUCUGCUUCUUUAUAGGGUUAUCGUAUGAUGUCGGAGUGAAUUCCUUUGAUUGCACCGUGUCACAGAAUUCCAUGUUAACUAUUGAAUGGAGUUUCAGUGGUGUGUUUUGAGUGUUAUUGUUCCAACUGGGUCGAUAUUGCAAUUAUGCUAAAAGCAUGUCACCUGAUGAUAUGGACUUUCUCAGAUGUAAAUCUAUAGAAAACUUAUUUCCACCAAAGACGGCAAUUUAAGUAUCUCGUUGUUGAUUUUUAAACCAGAUCAGUCGACGGGAACUGAGUGGGUUAUGAUGCCUUUGUACAUUCAAAUAAUUGUAUUGAUUUAUUGUUCCUAUUUUUUUUCUGCUCUGAUUUGUUGUAUUUUAUUAUUGUAGACUGCAACCCAUAUACCAAUUGAAAAUAAAAGGCCUUUACUAAUUUAA